GAAAAUUAAAAAGCAUAACAUCAACAGCUUUAAAGAUCACUGUCACUGUCCUUGGAUCAUCUUUUUCACGUGUCGUCUUCAUCAAAUCCUCACCGUCCCAACUAAAACAAGAUAUCCUCUGUUUUUGACAACCCAGAGAAACACUAAAAUAAAUAAAAGGAUCCAAGAAGAGUUUUUUUCUUGAUUCAAUGGAUCUGUACAAACCUAGCUUCUCACCACCACGUGAUUUGAACCCACUUUCUGCUGAAAAUUAUGGUAAACCAAAACCGGAGAAAAGGGAAGAGGUGUCGUCGACAAAGAGGAUUAAAACAUAGUUGACUUUUUUUACAUUUACAAAGAUUGUCUUUUCUUGAUCAAUCAAGAUCAGUCCUUUCUUCUUUUCCCAUUCCAUAAAAUUUCCAAACUUUGAUGUUUCUUAAUUCUUUUUGUUUCUUCAAUUUAUCCCACAUGCGUAGAAGCUAAGGCAGCACAUAUCACUCUGUUUCUUCACAAAAGCUUUUAAAAAAAUGAGUGGUGUCAUCAUCAUACGUUUCUUGAUUCUCUGUUCUUUCUCCUUCAUCUUAGUGACAUCAAUAAACGAAGAAGGACAUGCUCUUCUGGAGUUCAAAGCAUCUCUCAACGACUCCAACGGCUAUCUCAUCAGCUGGAACGGUUCGGAUUCAAAUCCAUGCAACUGGACAGGAGUCUCGUGUAACCGUCUCGGAACCGUGACUUCCGUUGACCUCAGUGGGAUGAAUCUUUCAGGUACACUCUCUCCUCUCAUAUGCAAGCUUCACGGUUUGAUUCACUUGAACCUCUCCACCAACUUCAUCUCCGGUCCAAUCCCUAGAGACUUCUCUCUCUGCAGAACCCUAGAGGUUCUCGAUCUCUGCACAAACAGGCUCCACGGGGUGAUCCCUAUCCAGCUCACCAUGAUCAACACUCUCCAGAAGCUCUCUCUCUGCGAGAACUACCUCUUCGGUUCGAUCCCUAGGUUCAUCGGCAGCAUGAGCUCGCUCCAAGAGCUCGAGAUCUACAGCAACAACCUCACGGGCGUGAUCCCUUCUUCCGUAGGGAAGCUGAGACGGCUCAGGGUGAUUAGGGCAGGGCGUAACAUGCUGUCCGGUGUGAUCCCGUCUGAGAUCAGCGGUUGCGUGAGCUUGAAGGUACUCGGAUUAGCGGAGAAUCUCCUCGAGGGCUCUCUUCCUAAGCAGCUCGAGAGGCUUCUAAACCUAACCGACUUGAUACUCUGGCAAAACCGUUUGUCCGGAGAGAUACCUCCUUCGGUAGGAAACAUCACAAACCUCGAGGUGCUUGCGCUGCACGAAAACUACUUCACUGGGAAAAUACCUAGAGAGAUUGGUAACCUAGCAAAGAUGAAAAGGCUGUAUCUUUACACUAACCAGCUAACCGGAGAGAUACCUUGCGAGAUAGGUAACUUAACAGAUGCGGUUGAGAUAGAUUUUUCGGAGAAUCAGUUGACAGGUUACAUCCCAAGAGAGUUAGGUCAGGUUUUGAAUCUUAAGCUACUUCAUCUGUUUGAGAACAAUCUUCAAGGUUCAAUCCCUAGGGAGCUUGGAGAGUUAGCACUGUUGCAGAAGCUAGACUUGUCUAUCAAUAGACUAACCGGUACCGUCCCACUUGAGCUUCAGUUCUUAACUUCGCUUGUGGAUCUCCAACUCUUUGACAACCAGCUCCAAGGAACCAUUCCUCCUCUCAUUGGUUACUACAGAAACUUCACCGUUCUUGACAUGUCUGCCAAUAAUCUCUCCGGCUCCAUCCCUGCUCACUUCUGCAGAUUCCAGAAGCUGAUACUUCUGAGCCUCGGUUCAAACAAGUUAUCAGGAAACAUCCCUCGCGGUCUCAUAACCUGCAAGUCGCUCACAAAGCUUAUGUUAGGAGACAACAUGCUAACGGGAACCCUUCCCUCUGAGUUGUUUAAUCUUCAGAACCUAACUGCAUUAGAGCUUCACCAAAACUUGCUAUCAGGGAACAUAUCCGCGGACUUGGGGAAGCUGAAGAGCUUAGAAAGACUUCGUCUAGCUAACAACAACUUCACCGGUGAGAUUCCUCCUGAGAUCAAGAACCUCACAAAGAUUGUUGGCUUGAACAUCUCCUCCAAUCAGCUCACAGGUCACAUCCCUAGAGAGCUAGGGAGUUGCGUCACUAUCCAGAGGCUUGACAUUAGUGGUAACAGGUUCUCUGGUUACAUAGCUGAAGAGCUUGGUCAGUUGGUGAAUCUAGAGAUCUUGAAGCUGUCUGAUAAUAAACUGACCGGUGAGAUCCCUCAUAGCUUUGGUGAUCUCACAAGGCUCAUGGAGUUACAGCUAGGUGGCAAUCUCUUGUCUGGAAACAUCCCUUUGGAGCUAGGUAAACUAACCUCUCUGCAAAUCUCACUCAACAUCAGCCACAACAACCUCUCCGGCGCCAUCCCAGACAGUUUAGGAAACCUUCAGAUGCUUGAGAUACUUUACCUCAACGACAACGAGCUCUCAGGCGCCAUCCCCGCGUCGAUCGGGAACCUCAUGAGCCUCCUCAUCUGCAACAUCUCGAACAAUAACUUGGCGGGAAAGGUACCGGACACAGCCGUCUUCCAACGGAUGGAUUCAUCGAACUUCGCUGGAAACAACCGUCUGUGUAACCCUCAGAGAAGCAGCCGUUGCGAAGAAUCAUCAUCACUUGGCACACGUUCGGAUUCGAAGCUGAGGUGGUUGAUGAGAGGCUCACAGGGGAAAAAGAUCUUGACGAUCGCGUGUGUUGUGAUUGGUUCUGUUUCUUUUCUUGCUUUUAUCAGUAUCUGUUUGGUGAUAAAGAGAAGAGAGCCGGAGUUCGUUGCGCUCGAGGAUGAAACAAAACCGGAUGUCAUGGACAGCUACUACUUCCCUAAAGAAGGGUUCACAUACCAAGGACUUGUGGACGCGACCAGAAACUUCUCUGAAGACGUGGUUUUAGGGAGAGGAGCGUGUGGGACAGUCUACAGAGCUGAGAUGUCUGAUGGGGAAGUGAUAGCGGUUAAGAAGCUGAACUCUCGAGGGGAAGGAGCUAGCUCUGAUAACAGCUUCAGAGCCGAGAUAUCGACGCUUGGGAAGAUAAGGCACAGGAACAUAGUGAAGCUGUAUGGUUUCUGCUACCACCAGAACUCGAAUCUUCUCUUGUAUGAGUACAUGUCAAAGGGAAGCCUUGGUGAGCAGCUUCAGCGAGGAGGGAAGAGUUGUUUGUUGGAUUGGAAUGCUAGGUAUAGAAUCGCCCUCGGGGCUGCGGAGGGUUUGUGUUACCUCCAUCAUGAUUGCAGACCUCAGAUAGUUCACCGCGAUAUUAAAUCGAAUAAUAUUCUUCUUGAUGAGAUGCUACAAGCUCAUGUGGGAGAUUUUGGCCUGGCUAAGUUGAUUGAUCUCUCUUAUUCGAAGUCCAUGUCUGCUGUUGCUGGCUCGUAUGGUUACAUCGCUCCAGAAUAUGCUUACACGAUGAAGGUGACAGAGAAAUGUGAUAUCUACAGCUUUGGAGUUGUGCUUUUGGAGCUGAUAACAGGAAAGCCACCAGUUCAACCGUUGGAGCAAGGAGGGGAUCUAGUCAACUGGGUUAGGAGAUCGAUCCGUAACAUGGUUCCAACAGUUGAAAUGUUUGAUGAAAGACUGGAUAGGACAGAUAAGAGUACGGUUCAUGAGAUGUCUCUGGUCCUAAAGAUUGCACUGUUCUGCACCAGCAACUCUCCAGCUAGUAGACCAACUAUGAGAGAAGUUGUGGCUAUGAUUUUUGAAGCUAGGGCAUCAUCAACAAGCCUCUCUUCUUCUUCCAUCACAUCAGAAACUCCUCUAGAAGACGAAAAGUCCUGCAAAGAAAUUGACUUUGUUGCAUCACCUUGAAGUCAACAAAUUAGUCCAGUUCAGUAUAGAGAGGAGAAGAUAGAAUUUUUGAUUCUGGUCCGCUUGAGCCUCUAUUGAUAUCUGCAGACAUUGUUGAGAAACAUUGUUGAGAACACGUAAAGCAUGUUGUAACUAUA